GCGUUUCAGCGUCGAGAUGGUUUUUUGCUGAAGGUACGGUACCUAUUGCCCUGCCAUGGCACCUAUGAGUGCGCCAAUGCGAAACUCCCACAUUUCAACUUGGUGGUUUCUCCUACUCAGGAGGCAGGUGUUCAAGUCAAUUGGACUGGAAAAGAGCUGGCCUGUGCCCUUUAUGAUGGCCUGGUCGUGGCGGAACCCAGUGGUUUGGGCUGCUUUGAGAUUGGCGUAAGCCGAUGGGAAGCUCAAGGCACACGUUUGUGGUUUUGGACCCAUGGAGAAUACAUUGACAAGUCAAGUAAGGAGGAGCCUGCGUUCAUCCGCGCCAUAUGCGAAGCGAAGAUUGCAGAGCUGUUCGCCAGCCAGCGUCGGACUGGAUGGUGCCACGAUGGCGUCCUUCGGCCUUUGGAGGUCAGCAUUCGCAAGGUCACACAGGGAGAGGCCGCCCGCGCUUUCGCAACAGUGUCCGAAAUCUCUGGGGAGUUCACCAGGUCAAGCAAGACAUUUGGAGAGUUUCACCUGCAAGACUUUGGGAUUGAAGCGAUCGAACCACAGACAUAUCUGUAUUUGGCACAGGAUUGGUGGAAUGUACCAGGUGACUUGCAGAACUUGUGA